AUGUGGAGGCGACAGCAGGGCCGCUUCAGGCCCGUGUUUUGUGGGGUGGAAGAGCUGCGGCGCUGCAGGCGGGAGCAGGAAGCAGCACUGCGGAAGGCGCGGAGGGAGCAGCAGCUUAUCAGCAAGAGGCUGCUGCGAGAGGACAUCCCGGAGGAAGCCGGAGGGGUGGCUGCUGUCCUCGGGGAAGCCGAGAUCCAGCAGUUCCUGAGACAAGCCCAGCAAGGGACAGAGGAAAAGGAGAGAGAGAAAGCUCUAGUCCACCUUCGUCAAGGCCUGCAGCACCCUGAGACACAGCAGACUUUUAUCCGGUUGGAGGGCAGCAUGCGGACCCUCGUCGGGCUCCUGACCAGCAACCAGGCCCUGCUGCAGCUUGAAGCGGCUCGGUGUCUCCACGAACUCUCUCAUUCUGAACAGCCUGUAGUGGCUGAGGCCUGUCUGCCAGCCACCUCCUACCUCCUCACCUACCUCUCUGGUCACAGCUCAGAUUUCAUAGAGUUAUGUCUAUAUACGCUGGGUAAUCUGAUUGUGGGGAGUGAGGCUGUGAGAAGGCAACUUCUGCCACAGGGAAUAAUCCCAGCAUUGACUGCAUGCAUCCAGUCCCCCCAUGUGGCUGUGCUAGAAGCCCUUGGAUAUGCCUUGUCUCAGCUUCUGCAGGUGAAGGAAGCUCCAGAGAUGAUCAUUCCCUCCAUUCUGGCCUCUGCUCUUCCUCAACAUGUUCUGCGACUGUUGCAACCUAGUCCAAAGCUGAGCCCUGGGGUCGCUGUGGAGUUUGCCUGGUGCCUUCACUACAUCAUUUGCAGUCAGGUCAACAAUGCAUUGCUCAUUACCCAUGGAGCUCUGUCCACUCUGGGGCUGCUGCUGUUGGACUUAGCUGGAGCUGUCCAGAGUACUGAGGACACAGGACUGGAACUGCUCGCGUGCCCUGUGCUUCGUUGUCUCAGCAACUUGCUAACAGAGACAGCAGUGGAAGAUGUUGAAGGCCAGAUAGAGUUUGGAGAUGAGCGUAUUGUGGCAGCCCUAUUUAUCCUUUUGCAGUUCUUUCUCCAGAAACAGCCCAGCCUGCUUCCUGAGGGUCUGUGGCUCCUUAACAACCUCACUGCAAACAGCCCUAGUUUCUGUACCUCUCUGUUCUCCUUGGAUCUGAUUGAGCCUCUCUUGCAGCUGCUGCCAGUAUCUAAUAUGGUGAGCAUAUUGGUGCUCACAGUCCUGUGCAACAUUGCAGAGAAAGGCCCUGCUUACUGCCAGCAGCUGUGGCCGGGACCCCUGCUCCCCUCCUUGCUAGACAUACUGAACUCCUCUGACACUGAAGUAGUGGGCCAAAGUUUGGAGCUGCUGCAGCUACUGUUCAUUUAUCGGCCAGAGGCAGUCCAAGCCUUCCUGCAGCAUUCUGGGCUACAGGCUCUGGAAAGGCAUAAGGAGGAAGCCCAGCUCCAGGACCGUGUGCACGCUCUCCAAAAAACAGCUCUCCAUGGAUGA